CUUGAGUGUUCACAAUGAACCUAACAAACUCCGCAGACCUUACGGAUGUGCUUAUCCUUCGCAUAGCGAGCAGCGAUGGCUGGGUUUGGCUUCUCGAUAAGUGAUAUCCUAGCCCUCAGCGACAUAGCUUGGAAUGUCUACAAGUCUAGCAAGCAUGCUGGUGAAGACUUCAAAUCCAUCACAACCGAUGUAAAUUCCCUUCAAACUGCUCUCCACGAGUUGAAUGAUGAAGUCGGCAAUUCGAACUCGCUAGCCCACCGUUCAAGCCCUACACAGCAGCGCGAGCUAACACUUCUCACGCAAUCUUGCAAAUCAGACCUACAAGACCUCGAAAUGGUCCUUACCAGUUUUAAAUCCCUGAAAACAACCGAUCCAAGAUUCCGAGACAGAUUAGCAUUCACGGCCCAUAAACAAGCAGAGAUUAGAGGGAAGCUUGUGAGGCAUUCUCAAAAGCUGAAUCUCUUCUUAACUCAGCUUCAUAAUAACUCCCUAGCACGGAUCGAAUUAGCUAGUGAAAAAACAACUUUUGCACUCGGCGAGAUAAAGGCAAAGCUAAACAGUAUCCAUCAGGAUGUACUUGCAGGGAGAAGAGACCCAAAUCUGCUGGCUAACAUAGGCGAUUUGGAGAAAGAGCUGGUCGAUGACAACAUUACAGAAGUGGACAUCGAAGAAAACAGAGAUGAAAUAGCGGAAUGGGUGUCAGCACUUCAAGACGCAGGGUAUUCCAAGGCCAGUGUCUUAUCCGAUCCCGCACAGCAGCCGGGUCUGGUGUCAAACGCAGUCAUUCCCAUCGACCAUGCCGACGACUCUUCGUCCCAGAAAAUUCCAACUUGCCAGACUGAAAGUAUUUCUACAGCUCAAUCUCCAUUAACAGAGACAGAAGCCCCGAGCAGAGAUAGAAGCUCCCCAUCGCGGAUGCAAAUCCAUGUGACAGGAGCGACGUCAAUAAGACCUCACCAGGGGAUUGGUGACAAUGAAAAGGGUAACAUGAGAGAGUGUGUCCGCAGCCCUUUUAUUGAGACUUCCAGAUCAGACAGUAGAAGCCAACAACCUCCACAAAAAACCCCAAAUCCAAACCCCACAGACGAGGACCGUUUUGAUGAAGAUGAUAAGUGCCACUACAAAAACCAUUUCGACACCUCUGAACAUACAUUCUCUCUACGGAAUAUCAAUAAACAAGACCUGGACAACACCGUAACCCCUAGAAAUCCGGCCACAGCUAGGAGGAAUCAUGACAUGUCUCCCGAGCAAAGGAAAGCCACUGGUAGUUAUUAUUACGAGAUACGACCAGCCAAGACCAGUAGGGAUCUAAACCUGUCACCAGUAACAGCAUCAACACCUCUUCCUCCUCCAAUACAACUAGACGAGUUUAUUAUGGGUCUAAAAUGUGGGCCGCCUCCUCCUCCUCCUCCUCCUCCUCCUCUACCACCACCAUCUCUGGUCAACAUUAAACAACGGUCGGCACCCUCCCGGCCGAUCGAGUUCUUUGACUUGUUGGUUCCUAGACCAUCUGACCAGUCCAGGUUGUACAAAAGCCAAGCAAAGGAGUCGAUAUCUUUCCCCAAACCCAGAAAGUCCCGUCGUAAGCCCCAGGUGUUGGGGAUUCGGGAAAUUUGGGGGAACAGUAGAAGCACAAGGCCUCGCCCUUCCAGCGAGACUAGUAUUCCCUUCGCAUUUCCGCCACCCCCUUACUUCCCUCUCCCACCACCUCUACCGCAACCACUCCCACUUCCCACAGACUGGACGCCAUCAACUCCUUCCCCGCCUAAACUUUCUUACGAAUCUGAGCUGUAUACAGUCGCACUUCAACCGUGGGAGCUGGAAAAUGCAACUAUGGAAGAGCCAAUACCUUUUACCUUAGAAGAAUUGUUCUCCGGAGCGACCAAGAAAAUCAAGAUCACAAAGCUUUUCUAUGAACAGACUACCGGAAAUCUAGCAGCUGAGGAGAAGGUCAUUAGUACUACAGUAUGGCCAGGUGCUCAAGAUGGUUCCAAGCUUCCUGUUCAGAACCUUGGGAUAGGAUUACCAGCCAUCAAAUUCAUCGUCCAGGGAGCGAGUGCAGGAUUACUCACAUAACCGCACCGUAUCCUUAUCUUUUCAAUAUUGACUAGGGUUCAGGUCCCACACCCCUAUUUCCGGAGAAAUGGCGAUGACCUU